GCCUCGGACGCUGUGCUCAGAAUGCUAAUGCGGCGCUGCAGCGUUGCCAUGGUAAUCGGGCAGCGGCCUUCCAGCAGGUGUGACAGGAGACGGGACGGGGAUAUGCUGCGCCCCUCGCGUGACGGCACGUUGAGACGCCGGGAGCUGACAGACGUCGUAUUUGUACACCACGCAACCACAUCCACACACUUAACGUGUAGUCGCUGCCGCUCAAGGUUGACGUACGGAGACAAACACAGGAAGUUACAUCAUGCUUUGCAAAGAGGUCGCCCCCUCCUGGACGUAGACGAGCAUGAGACUGAAAGGUUCCUCUCCACUCGUGCAAGACACACACACACACAUGCUUGAUGGUGAGGAAUGAUUAAUGAUCAAGAAGAAGAGCAGACAUGUUGGAGAAGAUGAUUAGGGUUUCCACACGUCCAGCACGGCAGUGAUUACCUUUAGCCUAUGAAGACAUCAGGCAAUGCGCGUGUCCCUGUCUGUCAGCCACGCCCACCGCGGAUGUCACAACCCACUGGCCACGCCCCCUCACUGGUUAAAUAAAAAAAGACACCUCAGCUGCUGUUACAGUCCUCUUGUCCGCCCACAAAGCACCAUGGGUAACAUGGUCCAGUGCUGCCACAUGCUCUCAGGGUUCUGCAAGUGCAAGGAUGAGCCAUCAGGGGGCAUGGCCGAGAGGUCUCCUCUGCUGUCCAGCCGAGACAGCGACAGCAGCUCCACCUCCACGACCACGCCUGCCGAUUCGGAGGACGACAUCCUCACCGUUUCCACCGACGUCCCGGACGGGGCCCUGCACCCCGAGCACUUCCUGUUCCCGGACAUUGUCCUGAGCAGUCACCUCGGGGGGGACGCCACCCUGGUGGAACCCAUGGUCUGUUUGCUGGUGUCUGAGGAGGAGGAGGGGAAACGGAUGGAGGUGGAGACACAAACGCAGCAGGAGCCACAGGUGGGGUUGCCGGUGCACACGGCGACUGUAGUAGAGAAGGAGCAGGAGGUCUUCAUGUUGCAAGAAGAUCAUGAAGAUGCUAACAGGAAGUUAGCUUGCAGGACAACAGCUGUGAGUUUGUGGUCUGAAGAUGUGUCAGGAGCGGGUGCAGAGGACAUCAGUGACGAAGAAAAAGUAGACACUCACACAGACCACAAGACUGAAAAAGACCAGAGGUCUGUUCUUUUACAGUCAAAGACACAAACGUCACAUGAGGAGGUGGGCAGAGCUGAGAUGAUGUUGCAAGCAGAAGACGUUUGCUGUGAAGAUUUGGAUGACCACAAGCAGCCACUCAGGGACAUCAUCAACCUUCAAGAGAUGACCUUCUCUGUCAGGAUUAAACUUCCUGGAGCGGACAUCUUGGAGCUUCAGGUGCUAGGCCAGACGUCUGUGGCGGAGCUUCAGCAGAUGUUAAUGGAUCAUGAGCUGACCUGCCAUCGCACAUGCUUCUCUCUCCAUCUGGACGACACUAUGCUGGAUGCUGCCAUGCAGCUGAGCUCCAUGGAGGGUCUUUGUGGAGGCAUGGUCAAGGUGGUAGAAGAGAGUUACUCCAUACGGGACGCUCGCUUCCAUCUGAGGCACGUCCAGGAUCUUCUGAGGAGCCUGGACCCCACAGAGGCUUUCAAUGGAGCCAAUGGACGCUCUGUGUCUCACCUCACCUGCUUUACCCAAAAUAGAAGCAUAGAUGGUAAGAGUGAGAGAUCCAGGUGGUCUCCACCUGACUUCCUUCUCCCUGGAAGCCUCCAGCGCCCUCUUCUUCCUCUGCAUCCUGUCCACAGCGACUCCGAGCAUCUCCAGUGUGUGAGGGUGUUGGCCUACAGCAGCUGGAACCCUCCUCCGGGGUACAGGAAGAUGCAUGGAGACCUGAUGUACCUCCACGCUGUGACCAUGGAGGGACGAGAAGUCAACAUCACGUCGUCCACACGCGGCUUCCAUCUCAACCAGUCAACAGCUUUCACCUUCAACCCCAAACCUGCACUUCCAACAAUCCUUUGCCACUCGUUAGUGGAGCUGCUGAGUCAAGUCAGUUCUGCCUUCAAGAAGAACUUCAGCAGCCUGCAGAGGAGAAGGAUCCAGCAGCAUCCUUAUGAGCGGAUGGUUGCACCUUUCCCAGUGUUCACCUGGAUGGCCCCUCAUGAAGACCACAGUCUGGACUGCAUCAGAGUCGAGGAUGUCCACGCCAGUCGCGUGGGCCAGGAUCAGCACACGGCCGGACAGUGUCGUGACUGGAACGAGGAGCUACAGAGAGCAAGAGAACUUCCCAGAAACUCCCCCCAGGACUGCCUGCAUCGAGGAAGGAUCCUAUUCAAGACCAACAGAGACUUUGUGGAAGCUUCCAGGAAAGGAGCAGUGGCGGUUGUCGAUGGUCACGUAAUGCCGCUGAACCCGGGGGAGCCUCCUCACAUGCAGAUGUUCCUCUGGAACAACAUCUUCUUUAGCCUGGCCCGUGACAUAGCUCAGCACUACAGACCACUAGGGGGCGACGCCGCCGCACAUGCUGCUGCCAGCUGUGACCUGAGAGGAGUUCAGGCAUAUACCUCUGUGGACACAGAGGGUCUACACACUCUUGGGUCAGCUGUGGUGGACUAUCGUGGUUUCCGUGUCAUCGCCCAGACGAUUGUUCCUGGGAUUCUGGAGAAGAACCAGGAGCAAAGCAUCCUAUACGGUUCUACUGACCAUGGCAGAACUAUUAUGACACACCCGAGAUUUGUGCAGCUUCUGGAAAAAGCCAGCAAACCUCUAAGAAUCCAACCCCACCAGGUGCUGGACCACCGCGACACCCCAGUGGAACUCUAUUCUGGCGUGGAGACUAAAGGCAUUCUGGGCAAUGAUGGCAGACACUAUAUCCUGGACCUUCUGAGGACCUUCCCUGCGGAUCUUAACUUCCAGUACUCGGAGGAGACGCAAGUCAACAUCGAGGAGGUGCCAAAGGAAUGCCAGAGCUUUGGUUACCCACAGCGCCAUCAUCACAGCCUGGCCAACCUGAGACCAGAACUGAUGAACGCCUUUGUCCAGCACAGGUAUGACACAUAUCUCAAGAUUGCGGGAACGCAUCAGAGAGGAGGGGUCUCAGAAUGGAAAGAGCCUGUUGACAACCGAAAAGACACAGAUCAUGACAAAGCAUCAGGGGGAGACUUUGACAUCCGCUUCAACCCUGACCUCUGCUCCCCAGGUGUUCGCUUUGUGUCUGCUGAGGACCUCAGCUGUCAGCGUCGCCUGCUUUGGGACGCUGCUGCUUUUCUUCUCUCCAGUCAGAUUCCACUUGUGCUGCAGGACUGUCUGGACCACCGCAUGGCGCCAAUGGAUGGAGCGACUCUGACCUCAGUGCUUCACCAGCGGGGUGUGAACAUUCGUUAUUUGGGAACCUUGCUUAGGCAGCUGGACAACAUGGAGGACAGCGGGAGACACUAUCAUGUCCAGAGGAUGUGUGUCAUCGAGAUGGUCACCCGAAGUGCGAAGCAUGUCUUCAGGACCUAUCUGCAGGAAGUGGAACAUGCGACUCUGUCUGCUGCCGUCAGCCACUUCCUCAACUGUCUCCUCACAUCCUCCACGCUUGACUCCUCAGACCAGAUGCUCUCUCGCCGCAGGAGUCACCACCGCCGCCGCAGCCGCAGCCACUGUGGUCGAGCCGCGGGCGCAGCCUGGGCCAGACUGACCCCUAGCGAGCUGUGGGUCAGGAUCAGGACCGAUGCCGAGGACUACUAUCACUACACACUGGAUAGUGCCUUCAUGGAGGACCACGGCCUGCAGAGGGUCUCUUUGCUGAGAGAGUUCACAAUCAAGACUGGCAUUCAGGUGCGCAUGAGGGACUACACAAUGGAUUCUCGAACACGAGCCAUCUUUGGAGAGGAGGACGUGGUCAACAUGUUGGCUGUGGUCAAGCAUGUCACAUACACGGCCAGCAGCGCCACCUGGCUGCUGGAGCACGCCUACGCAGCCGUGCGGCGAGGGCAUGUCAGUGCGGCCUUUGACCUGGUCAGCCAAGCAUUGAUGCUCUUCACUAGCGUGUGUGGGGCCUUGCACGAGGACACGUGCACGUGUCUUCGUCUGCUGGGACGACUCAGCUACACGCUAGGACAACAUGCUAAUGCCGUUCGCCACCAGGAGAGGGCAGUGAUGAGCAGUGAGCGAACACGAGGCGUUGAUCAUCCACAGACCAUACAUGACUACACCUGGCUAGCGCUGUACUGCGUGGCUGCAGGCCAACACUGCACCUCUCUGCGUCUGCUGUAUCGUGCUCGCUACCUCACCCUGCUGGUGACUGGGGAUGAUCAUCCGCACAUCGCACUGCUGGAUAGCAUGCUGGGUGUGGUCCUUCAUGGCCUGAUGGAGUUGGACCUCUCCUUGAAGUUCCUGCACAAUGCCUCAAUUCUAACCUCCAAGUACCAUGGCGCCACAUCCACAAAGCAUGCACACAGCCAUCAUCUUCUGGCCUUGCUGCACCACAGCAGAGGAGACUUUGAGUCAGCGCGGCGGCACGAGAGCCAGGCGUGUUCAAUAUACGAGACACAGGUUGGGCAGAACCAUGAUAGGAGCAGGGAGAGCUCCAAGUACCUGAAGGACCUGACUCAGCAGGCUGGGAGAAGCAUCAAGCAGGACAGCAAAUUGACUCCGCCUCCACAGUGCUUCCAUACGAUGCUUCAGCAGCUCAACAUGACCUGUGAAGAUGACCUCAUUCCUCUCAGAGCUGAAGAAAGCACACGGCUGAGAUUGUGGGAAGUCAAAGUUCAAGACCUGGAGAAAUGCUUGUCAUCUAACACAUUUAGUGCUGCCUUCAUGGAGGAGGCAGACGUAUUGGGACAGCUUGCAGUCAAGUCAGUCUUUUUGCAGUCCCUUUAGUGUCCACCAGGCUUCAUGAUGGGUCCAUGAACUUCUCAGUGGGUCACAUUACUUGAUUAUAAGCUAAAGUCACAUUAUGUAACUCAAUAGAAUGAAUUUAAUUUGUCACCAUUAUCUAUGCUAACUCUUUCUUUCUAGAAGGGAAAUCAGAACAUUACAUUAAACUAAUGUUUUCCUUUUAAUGACUGUGGUUGUAAAAUUUAACACAAAAUGCAUAUAAAGUACAGUAUAUAUUAUAUAAUUCACAUGUAAAUGCUUAUGCUAUGCACUGUGUUUAGAUCUAUAAAAUAUUAUUACUGUUACACAUCACAGUUUACUACUAUUAGUGUCUCUUGUUUCUUCUGUCAAGCUAAGUGGUUGAGGAAAAUGCCCAGGAUAAUAAAAUGACUUUUGUUGAACACACUCGCCAUGAAAC